ACUAUCGUUUCAAUAUAAAGAGGUUUAAAAAAAAAUGUGAGAAUGUGAAUUCACUGGAUAUCCUACAGCGCAUCUGCUGGUGGGGCUAAUUGUGUUACAAUGGGAUCUUGAUACCAACUAUGGUGUUUUCUAUGAACAGGGGACUGGAAACUAGUUAUAUUAAUUAUAAUAAUACUGUCGCUAUAUUGGUUUAGUCACAAUGGGCAUUUCUUUAGUUCUGCGGUGUAUUUUGGCUCUCGUUAACACAUCAAGCAUUUACUACUGAGAUGAUAGUUUAGUUAUAUAUUUUUGAUAGCCACAUCUAGUUCAACAUGUCAAUCUGACGCAAAUUUAAUCAAAAAUGUAACGCCAAAUACAUGUAUGAAAUAAGAAAGUAUGCAUUUUAAAAGAAUUAUAGUCUUUUCUGAUUAAUAAAAAGAUAAAAUUCCUCUAUUGCGAUAGGAUUCGGUCCCUACUUUCCCAGAGAAAAUUCAAACUAAAGUACAGAUUAAAACUUGUUACAGCCAAAGAAUCUUUUAAAGUAAAUAUCAACUUGUGUAUAAUGCUUAUAUUAUAUUUGUUUAUUUAUUUCUGUUCCCAAUAAGAGGGUUCAAUAUUUAUCCAGAAUUUUCUGCAAGGAUCGUUGCAAGCUUUCAUAUGGGAUGCCUCAUCACCCGCUAUAAACUGGUUUUCUGCGCAAACUUUCUAUGACAGUACGUUUGCCUUAAUGACAAUCGAAUGUUUCAAGAUUCUAGUUUUUUUUACUGCAAAGGAGCACGUAGCCUGAAUGAAUGGUAUUUGUUUAAACGUUUUAAACAAAGACCCGUGUGCUCAAAUAAUAACACAGUAAGCGGCCAUUCGAUGAAGUCCAUUUUACCUGAAUGGUUCCUCAAUAAACAAGACUAUUGCAUUUAAAGAUCCAACAAACUGGGGGUGAUUUUAAAAAGCUACUCCACUUUAGAAAGCCGACAAUUUAGUACGCUAGCCAUCGUCACUGUCACACUUUAGAAGGGAACUGACGUCCAAAGAGUAAACUUCGGCACAAAACCCAGUUAUAGCCGGGCUAAUAAAGGUUCCGCAGACUAUAAGAUGACGGAGACUAUUUCUCAAAAUGCGUCUAAUUUUGAAUGAGUAAUUUUUAUACCUUAUUAAAUUUUUAGAUGCGCAGUCUUGGCUUACAGACCUGAGUAUCUAUUCUACGUUUCAAAGCGGGUAAAAGUUUGUAUACAUAUAUGAAUUGUUAAGGGACAGUCUCUUCAUCGGAGAAUCACAAUAUAUUGUCUAAAAACAACAGCUUUUAUACCACUUCGUGCCUCCGAAAUAGCAAUUAUGGUAUAUUUUCUUCGCCAUAACAAUAUAUAUUUUUAAUAUUGGAACCAAGUGGCUCUUGCCACUCGGUCCACUCAAAAGCAAACCGCGUCCUGAAUUGAUCCUUAGUGCCUAUGAACAUCCAAGUUCAGUUACUUAUUCAUACCUUUCUUGCGCAUGAUUUGCACCUUACUAAAAACUACAGGAUCGACCCAGCGUAUGCAUUCAGCUUCUGAACAAUACACGUUUUAUAUAACCUUAUUUAUAACAAUAAAUUUCAUUUAAAAUAUUUCAAUAGGUCUUAUUUUGGCAUUUAAUUCCUGUUUUAUUUAUACAUUUCUGCAACACCCAAACCAUUAGAUCACGGGUUCACCAUCAUCCAUAUGCCAGGGCUCAUUAGUUUACAAUAGUGUCUAUGGGGAAGCUUUUUACUUUCUUUUGGUAUGAACUUAAUUUUUGGCAGAUAUAUAGAUUUCACCGCAAUGUUUUUGCGGUUCUCGUUGAGUUUAGCCCAUACGCAAAACUCGCAAAAAAACGUUAGAGUUGUUUUUUGAGGGGCCUUAGUGUUCAUUCAUUAUACGCGUUCUCACUCGUUUCAGAGUACAUACACUGUGAAAGUGCGCACCGCGAACAUUAAUAACAUCACAAUUUCUAGAUAAAUGAGGCCCGAAUCUGCAUAUAAGGGGCUACUUGAAGCCGAACAAAUCAGAAUUUGCCCGAACCAAGCCGUAGCUUGAUUCGAGUUAAGCUGCAACUUGCCUCAAAUCAAGCCACAACUUGAGUUAAAUCAGGGUGGAAUUUAUUUAGAGUGAAGUCACGUUACCUUGCAGCGCUACUACGUUAAUUCACUAGUUGUUCAUUACAUGCGCCGGUGGUAAGGUUGCUAAAAGUUGGAUUCUUAGAAUAUUAAACAUUCGAUAAUUGAUGCAUUUUUAUAUGCCAAAUGCUCACGCCAACUAUGAUGGUGCAAAAUGGCCACAGUUUGCACGAUGGUAAGUAGUGCCUUACAGAACCGAUCUUUUCCUGAAUUUGUUUUGCUGUAUUUGUAUUUCAGCCCAUUUCGGCAGAGUUGAGAAAGUUUAGCUUUAACAGUAAAAAGUAAAUUACGAAAAGUAUGAAGGCUCCCUUGACAAAUAAUGCAAAACUUGUUUAUAUAGACGAUCUCCGGGGAAAGAAAAGUUAUAUUAAAAUUACAAGAACUUCAAAAUACGUUGCUCCCAAAUCAUGGUGUAAUGAAGCAGAACUAUAAAGUGUAAAAGAAUAACAACGAAGGUGAUUGACCUUAGAUUUUGACUGUACAAGUACAAUACGUAUAAACACUGUACAAAAAAGUAAUUGUUUUUGCUAUGUAGAACUUAAAUAUGAGUGUAAUUGUAACCAACUUAUCCUUGAGGUACAUUUUUCUACUGUACUGUUAAAAGCGUUACAUUUUAUGACGUUAAUAGGGAUAGUACUGCAAUUGUGAUCAAACCAAACUUGCGCCAGUUUCGGAACAACAACUGUGAGUGAAUCAAUUCGGAAGAUCAAGUGGUAAAAUCACGUCAGUAAUCAAGUAAGCGUUGACGUCGAGCGAGAAGUAGAAACGAUGUUUCGGUAUCAAAGAACCAUGGAGAUGUUGUGGGCUGGCCUACUAAAUAGUUUUAAACAACAGAGGCGGUCUUUGAAAACAUCAUCAGUUUACCAAACUCGACAGCUAAAGUGUCUAUACAGCCUGAAGCAGAGGGGAAUACUAAAUAAGGUGUUUCCUCCUAUUGAGGAUCUGCAGUUACCAAGCCUAAUUCGUCAGUCUCAGUCGGUGUACUGCGGAUUCGAUCCUACGUCCGAUAGCCUUCAUCUCGGAAAUCUCUUGCCAAUGAUUUUAUUACUGCACCUGCAAAAAGAAGGCCUGACGCCUAUCGUCGUCGUUGGGGAUGCUACUGCGAAAGUUGGUGACCCUAGUGGACGUCUGACUGAGAGGAGUACUAUGGAGCAGGAUAUUAUCGAGAAUAACUCUAAAGGGCUUGAAAAAAAUAUUAGAACAGUUUUCGACAAUUACAAAAGGUACUUCCAUUACGGCAAUUUUCUCCCAAAUUUACAGCUUGUCCGCAAUUCGUAUUGGUACCUCGAUCAGACGUUAGACAGUUUUGUUGGAACUGUAGAACGGCACUUUCGGCUAAGCAAAAUGCUCAACAGAGAGUCCGUCCGCCAAAGAUUAAAUAGCCCUGGUGGUAUGAGUGUUACCGAAUUCAGUUACCAGAUCUUUCAAGCAUAUGAUUGGUUGCGGCUUUACGAAAUGUACACAUGCUGCGUACAGAUCGGUGGACAAGACCAGAUGGGCAACAUUGAAAGCGGUCACGAUUUAAUUAAGCGAACUCAUGGUGAAAAUUGUUAUGGAUUUAUGACCCCCAUAAUUACCACGGUGACUGGAGAAAAGUUCGGCAAAAGUGUUGGCAAUGCAAUAUGGUUGUCACCUACUAAAACGUCACCUCAAGAUUUGUAUAAUUUUUUGCUGCAAAGAUCAGACACCGAAGCUGUGCAGCUUGUGCAGCUGUUUACAUUUUUAAAUGAUGAAGAACUGAGGAAACUUCUGUGUGCUCAUAGGGACUGUCCUAAGAAGAAGUUAUGCCAGAGGAAAUUAGCGUCGGACGUUACGACACUAGUGCAUGGAGAAGAAGGACUAUCUCUAGCGCUAACUAGCGGAAAAUGAAACAAAAUAUUUAUUUUUAUAUACAGUAUUUAAUAUAUUAAGGUGCUUUAAGAUUUUUAAUUUAUUUUACUAAGAGUGCUGUUGUAACAACAGCCCUCUUAUUGUUAUAACUAAAAACACCUAAUAUAAUUAAAAAUGAUUUUUGUAUGAAUUAGUCUUGACGUUUUCUUUGGGCGGAGUACGGAUUCAAAAUUUUGUCAUACAUGACACGCAUUACAAGUGAAAUGACAAAUUUUAACUUUAAAUACGACUUCUCAGCUCAAAUACAGAUGGCAACACGCCGAAGACUAGUAAUUGUCAGACAGCUUGUUGGUAGGAUUGCUAAACAUCGUUCCAGGCCCACCUUAGGAAUUGAAAGCGGACACUGCAUAGAUUGAUGGGAAUUGUGUUACUUCGGGUACGAUGAUGAACAACGAGACUAAUAGAACGAAUUGACUGAACAGUUUUGUCGUCACUCACUUUGGUACGCAUGGGUUCUACAAUUUCACUUCAUUCAUGAAAUUCAAGCUAGAUCUAUCAAGGAUGCAUUAUUUAGUAACUAUUGGAAGUACGAAUCGGGUUCUUUAAAGAUGCUACUCAUCAAAGUUUUGUUUCCGAUGCGAUCUGAGAUUUAAUCGAAAAAAAAAAAGAUUUCAAAAAUGAUAUCAUUGUCAAUUCCUAUAAAGGGCACAGAAAAAUUGAUUUUAGAAGGGGCCUCAACUUUGCUGUAGGUUUCAUUUCUCACCGAUUGUUCACAAUAAGCAGCGUUUGCGAAUCUCUACGAAGACAUUAACCAGAUUACAUAACCAAAUAACAGUCUUACAAGUGAAUUCGGCGGAAUUUGAACCUGAAUAAUAUUUUAGCUGCUGCUUGAGAGAAAGGUUUGAUUCGUAAAUACUCUUGUGACUCAAAAACUAGUAAAUCUUGUAAAUGAAGACUAUCUCCAACAGAAACGAGUUCAGAAAAGAAAACAUCCCUUAGUUUCGAAAAUCAAUGCUCUAUGGUUAAGUUCCUAUUCCUUGAAGGCCACAUCGCCGCGGAAAUUCAUCUUUUUUUUUUCAUUUAUCAUGUAUAUUAGGUAAAAUAGCUGCAGUACGUGAAUAGUGCAAGCGUUUCAAGAACGAAUAUUGGAAUGCUAAAGACUAAAAAGAAGAUGAUUGGGUGUCGGGACCCGAAGAACAAGAACGCAUUGCCAUGACUGAAGAGACUUCUUGCGAAAGCAGAGUUUCGAGUCUAGGCACUCUCUUGGCCAUUACUAUAACCAAAACAAAUACUGAAAUUGCGAAAACUGGGUUGAAAAUAAGUCUAACGUGAAUGAACUCUAAACCAGUUAGAAAUGUGGUUCCGCGGGGAAUUAGCAGAACUUGAACUUCGAAGAACUUGGGUUUCCGCAUAGAUUUUGCAAUUUUAGUUUUCACAAGCCUGACAAUACAUACAGGUGAUCCAGAUGCCUGAGAAAUUGUGUUGAAGAACUUGCUGCUCAUUGAUUUUCGCUACCGCACACAAAACUCGUAUAACCCGUACGACGCAGUGUUUCAAAUGGUACGCCUCAACUGUCGAUUACUUGGUUUGGAUAAACGAAUCUUGCAAGUGAUUAUGUGAAUUGCGGGUGAAAAAAAAGUACGAAUAUAUUGUGAUCCAAUAGUUCCUCAACACUCCGCAAAUUCAAUCAUAUGAAUUUUUAAUCUUAAAUUAAGUUGAAAGCGAUUCCCUGAAAAAACAAUUAAUGGGCUUUCGUAGCGCAUUUAUCAUAUUUGCAAUGGUGAUGGAUGAUAUUUAGAUUUUGGGCCAUCGUGAAUAUAAAACUUUUACUAAGGUUAAAAACAUUUUACCAUCUGCGGACCCAAGAAAAUUUGUGUACGCAUUCGAGCACUAAGUAGGUUCGAGUUGAAGUUAAAACAGGUUAAAUUUUUUUCCUUCAAGCUGCGGUUAAUCCAAGUCUAAUAUACGUAUGGCGAGCCACCGGUUUCAUCCCAGUAUAAUUGGUUUUACUCGCUUCGUUCGAUUCUGUUAUCCCAUGAUUUCACAACAGAGUAGUCUUUACACUCGUGUGAGUUUCGAAUCGAAAAAAAAAAAGUGAAUGUAAACACUAAAGCAAAAACUUUUUUUGCGUAUCCUUGUUUAGUGACCAACUUGCACGAUCGGAGGCUUUUUGGUACUGCUUGUAGACCACAUUAAAGUUUUGCUGCGGCUACGAUGGGUCAUCAAUCAGGAUCAUAUUGAAUAAUAAUAAAUUUAUUGAAGUUUUCCAACUUCAUCCAGACAGUGUUGCCGCACUUUCUUUUUUUAUAUAGUAAUGUCUUUGAUGAACCCCGAAUGAAUAUCUUUGUUUGUCAACGAAGGCUAUGUAAUAUAUAACUAUUUCUAGAAAAGACAGGUAACAAACUCGUUAAAUCCAUGUUCACUAGGAAUAAGGAUUAGAACUUAUUCCUAUAAUUUUUUGCAAGGGUCCAAAUGGAUGAUUACUUGAUCGUAUAAUCUGACGAAGGCAUUCUGUUCCUCUUCACUGUUCACUAAAAUCCUUAUAAAGUCAGUCCGUCUCAUUUUUUUUUACGUAGUAACCCAAGAUUGACAUUUUAUUGAAAUUCAUGGUAUGAAUCGGUGUGCAUCAACAGCUUCAUCAAAAUGAACAUUUGAGUCUCCGUAAAUGCUUAAAGAUGUCAAAAAUAGACUGCCUUUUUAUUUUUCGUAGUACCUGCAAGUUAGUGCAAUACUGUUGCUCAUGGUUUAAAGCACAUUUCAUACAGGAUUUAGUUUAUGGCUUCUGGUUUCAUUCAUCCUCAUGUUCUAUCUGUUCUGUCAACAUUUUUUCUUGGCUAUCUAUAAUCUGCACACUAAUAAGUUGUUUCUAUGCUAUAGUGUGCUUUCGGCACAUCAGUUCCAGUUUUAAAUUUUUUUUUUUUUAAACUUUAACAAGUUUUAUCAGAAAAAGGGGCAGGAUAAUUGCACAACUGUUGGUGUGUACAAUUUAAGCUGGGCUGAACGUAAUAUCAAUGAUUGUCAAAUCAAAUGCAAAAUACGAGUUGUGUAAUCCUCUGGUCAAUCCUGUAGCAAUCUGCUACACAAAAAUGAAUAGUUCUGUUGUCUGCUUAAUCGAUUUGUAUUCAAAAUUCGUUAGGAUCAGGUGUGGUACUGUAUCGUUCUACUCGACAAUCUUUAUGAAGAAGGUGACCAGAACGUGCCAAUGAACGAAUCGCGAAUCAUUUUUGACUUAGAUUAAUCAAAUGGUUGCGUGUCGCUGUUCCCAUUAGAUAACGAUGGUUAUCAAAUGGUUGCGUGUCGCUGUUCACAUUAGAUAACGAUGGUUAGCGUAGUGAGCUACGCACACCCGGAAAUGAGAAAAGCUGCACUGCCAUAUUACACAUACCGAAUCACAAGUCAUGAA